UGAAAUAUUUUCCACUUUUCUUUGGGUUUCUGGGAAAAAAAAGUCCGCUGCAUAAAAGGAACUAGAUAUUUUUUUUUAAACAUUCUUCUUUUUUUCCCUUUUUUAUAUUACAAAACAAAAACAAAAAAACCCUAUUACAUCAUCAUGUCUGGCAUCAAAGCACCUAAAGCCUUCGAAGUGAAUGAAUUCGGUGGAACUCCCGAACAAGAAGCCUACAUGCGUGAUAUCAUCGAACAGUUUACAGUUGACACCACAUACCUCGAGCAAAUUCGCGAUCGAUUUAUUAUCGAAAUGAACAAAGGUCUGGAAAAGGAAGGCGCAACACUGGCGAUGAUUCCAUCUUAUGUUGAAGGUCGUUUAACAGGUAAGGAAGAAGGUCACUUUCUUGCUCUCGAUUUAGGAGGAACCAAUUUGCGUGUUGUUCUUGUCACUCUUGAAGGCCAAGGAAAAUUUAAGACUGUUUCUUCAAAGUCUCGGGUUUCCGAAGAAUUAAAGACUGGUCCUAUGCGUAACUUGUGUGAUUAUAUUGCCGAAUGUGUAGAUACUUUCUUAACUGAGCAGGGCCUUGAGGAUCAAGAAACUGAACUCAACUUGGGCUAUACUUUUUCUUUCCCCGUUCUCCAAUCCAAGAUCAAUCGCGGUAUUCUUUCUACCUGGACUAAAGGUUUUGCAUGUACGGGAGCCGUCGGUAAAGAUCCCGUCCUGUUGUUACAAGAUGCCCUUUUGAGAAAACAUGUUCCCGUGAAAGUAUCUGCCCUCGUCAAUGAUACCGUCGGUACACUUUUGUCCAACGCGUAUAAUAAGCCAGCCACUUUAGCCGGUCUUAUUUUAGGUACUGGUGCAAAUGGUGCAUAUAUUGAGAAAAUGGAUAAAAUUGGAAAGUGGAAUGGUGGUAAGACCACUGCUGACGAGAUGAUUAUUAAUAUGGAAUUUGGGGCUUUUGAUAAUGAGCGUAAAAUUCUUCCUCUUACUCGUUUUGAUAACAAGUUAGAUCGUGAAUCUAUUAAUCCUCAUGCUCAAAUUUAUGAAAAAAUGAUUUCGGGUAUGUACCUUGGUGAAAUUUCUCGUAACGUCUUAACCGAUAUGAUUGAUCGUGAACUUCUUCUUAAGCGUGAUGAACAUACUUCUAUUGCUUGGUCUAAGGAAAUUUCCAGACAUUGGUCUUUUGAAACCGCUUUUAUGUCCAAUAUUGAGGCUGAUGAUUCAAAGGACUUUGAAAACACCAAAGAAAUCUUGGACACAAAUCUCAACUUACAUGACAUUACAACAAUCGAGGCUAAAUUUAUCAAGAAGAUCUGUGAACUUGUCGGUAAGCGUGCUGCUCGUCUUGCCGCUGCUUCAAUUGCUGCUAUUGUUCAACAUACCGGUAUUGAGGAAGGAGGUUGUGAUAUUGGUAUCGAUGGUUCUCUGUAUGAAUUCUAUCCUUCUUUCGAGUCUAGAAUGUAUGAAGCUCUUCAUGAAAUGUUACCCGAAAUCAAUGACAUCCGUAAUACCAUUCGUCUUGGUCUUGCUAGAGAUGGUAGUGGUGUUGGCGCUGCCCUUACUGCUUGUGUUGCUGCUCGUAUGGAAAAGGAACAACGAGCCAAGUAAAUCAAACCUCAAGAAAUUAUGGAACAUAAUACCUAAAUAUGUUCUUUUUUGUAUUCAUCCUAUUUUUUUUUUUAAUUAUUAUAAGCAUCUCUAUCUCUCUCUUUUUUUUUCUCUUUUUUUUUUUUUUUACAUUAUUUUUAGAAAACAGUCAUCUAUCUUUCCCUCUCUCUCUCUCCUCCGAUUUAUCUCUUGUGAUUAUAUAAUCACCAUUGUUUCUCCCCUCGAUUAAAAUUUACAUGUUUAUCCCUGUAUUAU